CUUUGGUUUUGCUUCAUUGUAUCUCGUGAUGAACAGAUCAAUAGAACCACUUGUAAUUGGGAGAGUGAUAGGAGAUGUGUUGCAUGAGCUCAAUCCAACUGUUAAUAUGGAGGUUGUUUACAGUUCUGACAAGCGAGUCUUUAAUGGCCGUGAACUCAUGCCAUCUGUUGUUAAGACAAAACCUCGAGUCGAUAUCGGAGGUGAAGACAUGAGAACUGCUUAUACAUUGAUCAUGACAGACCCUGAUGCACCAAAUCCUUGUGAUCCACACUUGAGAGAACAUCUUCACUGGUUAGUUACUGACAUUCCAGGAACUACAAAUGCCUCUUUUGGGAGAGAAUUAAUCAGUUAUGAAGCACCGGAACCUUCCAUUGGCAUACACAGGUUCAUCUUUGUCCUUUUCAAACAGCAAGGAAGGCAAACUGUUGGUUCACCAGGUUCAAGACACCAUUUCAACACAGUCAAGUUCUCUGAAGAGAAUAGUCUUGGUGUGCCGGUGGCCGCAGUGUACUUCAACUCACAGAGAGAAACAGCAUCAAGAAGAAGAUGAACGACGAAGACAUGCAGCUAGUAUAGUGUGUCUAUGCAUGGUUUGUGAUAAUCAAUUAUUAUCUAUAGUUAGUUGAACUCAUGGUAUUAUUGUUCUAGCUUGUUGCCAUGUCUUUUGUGUUUUACUUUUACAUGAUUGUUGACCAAUGAGAGGAAUGGGAAUAUGAUGA